GUGUCCGAAUACACUGGAGAUUCCAGCUAGCUACAACUUUACAGACACGGUAUGCAGUCAUCAGGCCGUUCCCACCCUAUGCAUCCGACUUACUCCCGAAUGUUACAAAUCAAAAGUUGAAAAAAAUCGAUUAGUUGGCUUGUUAACAACUAAUCGAUUGUACUUUUAA